AUCAACUAGCUUUAGCAGCUUCAAUCAUCUUGUUCUCUCUGCUUUCCAAGUUCAAUAGAGAGACACAAAGAGAUGGGUUCUUCAUCUCUUCUUCCAGCAACCUCGGCACCGGCUUAUUCUAUUGGAGUGUUUCUCUUUGCAUUGUGUUUUUUGUUUCAUUUGCCAAAUGCUGCAACUGCGGGCGUAACUAGGCACUAUCAGUUUGACAUUAACUUGAAGAAUGUGACACGACUAUGCCAGACAAAGAGUAUCGUGACCGUAAACGGGCAAUUUCCAGGACCUCCAAUCUUUGCUAGGGAAGGUGACAGGGUGGUUGUUAGGGUGGUAAACCAUGUCCAAAACAAUAUCACCAUCCACUGGCAUGGAAUUCGUCAACUUAGGAGUGGAUGGAGCGAUGGCCCUGCAUAUGUUACCCAAUGCCCCAUUCAAACUGGCCAAAGUUAUACAUACAAUUUCACCAUAACAGGCCAAAGAGGGACAUUAUUUUGGCAUGCUCAUAUUUCAUGGCUCAGAGCUACACUUUAUGGACCUAUUGUCAUUCUCCCCAAACCUAACGUUCCAUACCCAUUCGUGAAACCGUACAAAGAAGUUCCCAUGAUCUUUGGAGAAUGGUUUAAAGCAGACACUGAAGCUAUCAUCAACCAAGCACUUCAAACUGGAGGUGGUCCUAAUGUCUCUGACGCCUAUACUAUCAAUGGUCUUCCUGGACCCUUGUAUAAUUGCUCAGCCAAAGAUACAUUCAAGUUGAAGGUUAAACCAGGAAAAACAUAUCUUCUUCGAUUAAUCAACGCUGCGCUCAAUGACGAGCUUUUCUUCAGCAUUGCCAAUCACACCCUCACUGUGGUCGAUGCUGAUGCUGUUUAUGUUAAACCCUUUGAAACUGAUACCAUUCUUAUCACUCCUGGGCAAACCACCAAUGUUCUUCUCAAAGCCAAACCUUAUUACCCAAAAGCCUCAUUUGUCAUGGCUGCAAGGCCUUAUGUAACUGGCCAAGGCACUUUCGAUAAUUCUACCACCACAGGUAUCCUGGAAUACAUAUCUCCAUCUUCAAUUCAAAGCACGUCAAAGCUUCCACUUUUUGGAGCUACACUCCCUCCACUAAAUGAUACCUCAGCUGCCACAAAUUUCACCUUGAAGUUUCGAAGCUUAGCCAACAAACAGUAUCCUGCCAACGUACCAAAAAAUGUUGACAAACGAUUCUUUUUCACCGUGGGUUUAGGUACAAACCCAUGCCCAAAAAACCAUACAUGUCAAGGACCAAAUGGAUCAAUGUUUUCAGCUUCGGUUAAUAAUGUCUCAUUUGCACUUCCAACCACAGCUCUACUUCAAGCUCAUUUUACAGGACAGUCGAACCGUGUUUAUAGCCCAUAUUUCCCGUACUUCCCAAUUCAUCCUUUCGACUAUACCGGUAACAAUACGAUCAAUAACACCAAUGUCAUUAGUAAUACCACUAAUUUGGUUGUGUUACCAUUCGGUACCAGUGUGGAGCUAAUUAUGCAAGAUACUAGUAUUCUUGGUGCUGAGAGUCACCCUCUCCAUUUACAUGGGUAUAACUUUUUCGUUCUGGGCCAAGGAUUUGGGAACUAUGACCCGAUUAAUGACCCUGCUAAAUUUAAUUUUGUUGACCCGGUUGAGAGGAAUACAGUUGGUGUUCCUUCUGGUGGUUGGGUUGCUAUUCGUUUCCGUGCUGAUAAUCCUGGUGUAUGGUUCAUGCAUUGUCACUUGGAGAUUCACACAAGCUGGGGUUUGAAGAUGGCGUGGCUUGUAUUAGACGGGAAGCUCCCUAAUCAGAAGCUUCCACCACCACCAUCUGAUCUUCCCAAAUGCUGACCUUGACUUUUUCGCUUGAUCGUUGACUUUGCAUAUCUAGCCUAAAUGUGUUGUGUUAGACGGGAAACUCCCUUUUUUAUAUCCCUUUCUCUUGUUUUGGUUUGACGUCUUUUCAUUUCCCGGCCCUUCAUUUAACAAACAGAGAGAAGAGAGUUUAAUUUUCUCAUGAAAGUUUUUGUAAGGGAAUUAUCAUUCAAUAAACUUCAAUAAAUAUAAAAAGUUCUGA